AUGAGAAAAUUGGAGCACAAGCAGGAAGAAAGUCCUGCAAGACUCUGGGUCGUAGAUGUCCCCGACCCAACAGGCAGCAUGGCGGAGGAAAAAUUACCGCCUUUAGUAGAUGGUGGCCAGCCAUCUACUGUAGACGGUGGCCAGCCAUCUACUGUAGACGGUGGCCAGCCAUCUACUGUAGAUGGUGGCCAGCCAUCUACUGUAGACGGUGGCCAACCAUCUACUGUAGACGGUGGCCAGCCAUCUACUGUAGACGGUGGCCAACCAUCUACUGUAGACGGUGGCCAACCAUCUACUGUAGACGGUGGCCAGCCAUCUACUGUAGACGGUGGCCAGCCAUCUACUGUAGACGGUGGCCAGCCAUCUACUGUAGACGGUGGCCAACCAUCUACUGUAGACGGUGGCCAACCAUCUACUGUAGACGGUGGCCAACCAUCUACUGUAGACGGUGGCCAACCAUCUACUGUAGACGGUGGCCAACCAUCUAUGUCUUUAUAUGAAGCGAGUCUCUACAGUGAGAGACAGUCUGAGUGUAGCCUGCAGAGAAAGGCCGAGUGUCGCCUGCAGAGAAAGGCCGAGUGUCGCCUGCAGAGAAAGGCCGAGUGUAGCCUGCAGAGAAAGGCCGAGUGUCGCCUGCAGAGAAAGGCCGAGUGUCGCCUGCAGAGAAAGGCCGAGUGUAGCCUGCAGAGAAAGGCCGAGUGUAGCCUGCAGAGAAAGGCCGAGUGUCGCCUGCAGAGAAAGGCCGAGUGUCGCCUGCAGAGAAAGGCCGAGUGUAGCCUGCAGAGAAAGGCCGAGUGUAGCCUGCAGAGAAAGGCCGAGUGUAGCCUGCAGAGAAAGGCCGAGUGUAGCCUGCAGAGAAAGGCCGAGUGUAGCCUGCAGAGAAAGGCCGAGUGUAGCCUGCAGAGCACCUCGAGUCUACAGUGA